AUGGUAUGGAUGGAAUUUGAUUGCCUGAAAUUGAUCGAUUUCGGAGGUGCCAGUAUUGACGGUGGAGAGCAUGGUUCCUGCUAUCAAUGGUACAAUUAUCGACGAUCCACACCAGAAGUAAGCAAGCAGACAGAUAUUUUCGCUUUUGGUUGUGUGAUGUACGAAAUCCUGACUGGCAGACACCCAUACCACGAGUUCGAAGCAUCCGAGAAUCGUUCACACAUUGUCCAGCAACUAUAUGAAAACAACCGAUUUCCCAAUACCACAAAUGUACCAUUAGGCGAAGUGAUGCAAGGCUGCUGGCAUAGUACUUUCGAUUCUAUGGAUGAGGUCGUCAAGGCAUUGAAAGCGAAGGAAGGGACCUUUUUUACGAAUGUGCCGGCAGAGAGACUUGACGAUGGCGAAGUACGGUACGAGGAGGGCGCCGGGGCUGCUGAGGUUGGUGAGGUUGGCGAGGUUGGUGAGGUUGGUGAGGUGGAGGGUAGGGCGUAUGUAAGGGAGGGGUGUGGGGAGAAGUCCCGGUUGUCGAUGCGGAAUGAGAGGUGGUGGGAGGAGUGA